CACCCCCACGGGGCCCCACAGCCGCCCUGGCCUGGCAACUGUCACCCAUUUUACGAAUGAGGACAUCAAGGCCGAGGACGAUGAUCCCGCCGGGGGAGUGCACGUACGCGGGCCGGAAGCGGAGGAGGCCCCUGCAGAAACAGAGGCCCGCCGUGGGGGCAGAGAAGUCCAACCCCUCCAAGCGGCACCGGGACCGCCUCAACGCCGAGUUGGACCACCUGGCCAGCCUGCUGCCGUUCCCACCUGACAUCAUCUCCAAGCUGGACAAGCUUUCUGUCCUGCGUCUCAGUGUCAGUUACCUCCGGGUGAAGAGCUUCUUCCAAGUCGUGCAGGAGCAGAGCUCACGGCAGCCGGCGGCCGGUGUCCCCUCGCCCAGAGACAGCCGUCCUCUUGCAGGGUCUGCCGUGCUGGAGGGAAGGCUGCUGCUGGAGUCUCUUAAUGGCUUUGCUCUGGUCGUGAGUGCAGAAGGGACGAUAUUUUAUGCGUCAGCAACGAUCGUGGACUAUCUGGGCUUCCAUCAGACAGACGUCAUGCACCAGAACAUUUACGACUACAUCCACGUGGACGACCGCCAGGACUUCUGCCGGCAGCUCCACUGGGCCAUGGACCCUCCCCAGGUGGUGUUUGGGCAGCCCCCGCCCUUGGAGACAGGAGAUGACGCCAUCCUGGGGAGGCUUCUCAGGGCCCAGGAGUGGGGAGCAGGCACGCCCACCGAGUACUCAGCCUUCCUGACCCGCUGCUUCAUCUGCCGUGUGCGCUGCCUGCUGGACAGCACCUCGGGCUUCCUGGCCCUGGAGUCGCAGGCUUGGCAGCUGCUGCUCUGCUGUCCCUAGCCGCUCAUGACGAUGCAGUUUCAAGGAAAACUGAAAUUCCUGUUUGGACAGAAGAAGAAGGCACCGUCGGGAGCCGUGCUCCCCCCGCGACUGUCGCUGUUCUGCAUCGUGGCGCCCGUUCUCCUCCCCUCCACAGCGGAGAUGAAAAUGAGGAGUGCACUUCUGAGGGCAAAGCCCAGGGCAGACACCGUGGCCACCACGGAUGCAAAAGUAAAAGCCACCACCAGUCUGUGUGAAUCGGAACCGCGUGGAAAACCCAAUUACUCAGCAGGAAGGAGCAGCAGAGAAAGCGGCGUUUUGGUGCUCAGGGAACAGACUGACGCUGGCCGAUGGGCACAGGUUCCCACCAGGGCUCCGUGCCUGUGCCUCCGGUGCGGCCCCGACCUUGUCCUCGACCCCAAGGGGUGCUCAGGAUAUGUCCUGAUUCCGAUGCUUCUCCUCUGGGCAUGGACAGCACCCGGGACGUUCACAGCAGGUGGAGCCAUGCGGACUGGAGACGUCCCCGCCCUGUUCUGGGCGCUGGCUUCACUGAUGUACCUGCUGUGGCACCCGCUCCUGAGCGCCACAGUGGUGCAAGAUGCAAGGUGCAUUCUGCAGAAUCAGAGCCCUGAGGCAGCGGCAGCAGCCUCCAGUGGCCCCCAGCAGCGGCCCCCAGCGGCGGCCUCCAGCAGCCCCCGGCAGCAGCCUCCACGGGAUGUCGGUGAGGACCAGGUGCACCCUCCCCUCUGCCACUUUCCCCAGGGGAGCCUGCAGCACCGGCUCCCUCAGCCUGGAGCUCAGCGUUUUGCCACGAGGGGCUAUCCCAUGGAGGACGUGAAGCUGCAGGGUGUGCCGAUGCCUCCGGGGGACCUGUGCGGUCCGACGCUGCUGCUAGAUGUGCCCAUCAAGAUGGAGAAGGACUCUGGGUCUGAGGAUGCUGCAGACGGCUGUGUGCCCAGCCAGGAGUGGCUGGGGGCCAGUGACAGGAGCCAUCCAGCCACCUUCCCUACCAGGAUGCACCUGAAAACAGAGCCAGACUCUCGGCAACAGGUGUACAUCUCGCACCUGGGGCAUGGCGUGCGGGGGACUCAGCCUCAUGGCAGGGCCACUGUUGGGCGCAGCAGGGAGCUGACCCCUUUCCACCCCGCACACUGUGCCUGCCUGGAGCCCAUGCACAGCCUUGCCCAGCCAGAGCCUCCCCACCAGCUCUGUGCACGGGGCCGAGGCGAACAGUCCUGCGCCUGCAGAGCUGCUGAGGCCGCCCCUGUGGUCAAGCGGGAGCCCCUGGACUCGCCCCCGUGGGCUACUCACAGCCAGGGAGUGGUGCCUGGGAUGUUUCCCAAAAGUGCCUUGGCAACGCUGGUCCCACCCCAAGCUUCGGAGUGCACGUUCCUCCCGUAGCACAGUGACCACCGCCCAGGCCCAGAUCCGUCCGUCUACGCUCAGAUGCGUCAGUGGCUGGGCUGCCCUGCGCCUGGUCAGGCCAGAGCCCAUCCUAAGACGUGCUUUGCAGAGCUGUGCAUGCGCACUCUGCUAGUCUGUGUGUGCAGGAUUUGCAGUAGCGUAUCCUGAGUUUUGUAAAAUAUCCCAAUAGUUCUUAAAUGCAAACUGGCCAUAAAUCUGUUCAAGCAUGACAGUAUUUCUCUUUGAGGAAUUAAAAUCUUUAGGAAAGUGA